AUGCCCUCCCAGGCGAUUCGCUUGCGCCUCGUCGUUCGUCGACACGCCGUCCCUGAGGUCAAGCUCGUGUGGCCCUGCGUCGCAUCUGAUGACCUCACUGUUUCCAAGCUCCUCGCGCAGGUCAACGAGGUGAUUCCGCUCGAGAGCGGAGAUUGGGGACUCGAGGACUAUGCUGUAGAGCUUGCCGACGACAAGGGAGAUAGCUUUGAGCUGCUGCAUUUCCAACAGGUUGGCAAGGUCUUGAAGGCAGACGACCAAGUUUUGAUCCGAUCACUCCUCACAGACGACUUGCGACGACGGAGACUUAGCGGACGACACCAGAUUUCUGAGGAUGGCAAACACCUUAUUGACGGCCUUGCUUUUGGGAGGCCGUGGCUGAGGCAACCGCGAGAUCGACCAUCCCUCGACCUACCCCCACGAAAACGAGCUCGAAUCACACACGAAGAAGAACUCGACGAACAAGACGAUUCAUACUCGGACGACGAGAACCAGUCAGAACGGCUUUUACUGGAGGAUUCCGAGUCACAUGCCGUGGAUGAACCAGGCAGUGUCACUGUCCGCGCGAGGUUCAUAGACAUUGACCCGACUGUCGACUUUGAAGAGGACGAGAUCGAUAAUGACGAUAGAGACUUCAUUCCGACUCGGGAUGUCGAAGCGGAGCCUGCCAUGGACGACGAAAUUGACGAGAUGAGUGACGAAGAGGAGCCGGACGUGGAUCUCACUGAGGAGUUGAGACUGCUGCAAGAGGACAAUGCUCUGGUCGAGCAAACACCGCCGGUAGAACAGCACACUCUACUGUCCAGCAACAACAACAGUCAAGAUCCACAAGCCCUUCUUCCAGCUUAUACCUUUGAUCUCUCGCUUCUCGACAAGAUCACAGCACUGCGGGCAGCAUUCCCCUUGACAUCGAUAUCCACGAUACAAUCUGAACUGCUUCGACACGAGAAGGAUCUGCGGACAACAUUCCAGGCCCUCGCCAAAACGAAUGAGCCAACACUCAGUUUCGAUGAAGUUAUGGACCGCGCUCUGCUCGGUAUCAAUGACGGCGAUGAUCAGUCAGGGAUUCUGGGACAGGAAAGCCCAAGACUGGGAGACUUUGGCACCGCGGAACUCCAAUUUCCUGGACGCCCGGAGCCCGUGAACCCAACACGCCCAUUGAUUGAGGAGGUGGAGUUUGCAGAGGACCCUGUUCCGAACCUGGUCAGUCAGGUAGAGAGUGAGCCACGAACAGCGCCGCUGAUCACUGUGGUGGAAGAGAGGGCCUCGAGCGACACCAGCAGCUCCAGUUCCAGCUCGGACUCGGACUCAGAUUCGGAAUCAGACUCAGAUGAUGGUUCCAGAGAUGACUCUGACUCUGAUGACUCCCACAAUCGCUCAAAGGCAGACUCGAGCUCUGAUAGCGAUUCUGACAGCGACUCCGACAGCGACUCCGAUGAUUCCGAUGACUCUCCAAGGUUUCCGCGUCUGGAAGAGCACAAAUCCUCGCUCUCCUCGCUCUAUGACAAUGCAAUGGACACAUCGAGUUCAGAUGAUAGCGACUCGAGUGACAGCGAUUCCGACUCCGACUCUGAUAGUGACGAUGGCAAGGUCGCUGUUGCUGUGGACCAGUCAAACCCAGACGGCUCCGACUCCAGCAGUGAUAGCUCCAGCAGCAGCGAUUCUAGUUCAAGCGAAGACUCGGAUUCAGAUUCUGAACCUGAAGAGAUAUCUUCAAAAGCAAAGGCCCAGAAAUCACCACCCCAAGCACCCCAGCCUUCUGCGCCUCAACUAAUCGUCGAAGUCAAGGCUGCUGACACUCUCUCACAAUCCACCGAAGGGCCUGCCGCCCCCGGCGCUGGCCUGUCAAGGACAAAGAAGAGGAACGCGAGAAGGCGCGAGACCAAGCGUCUCAAGGCACUUCAGGCCCUAGCAGAUACACCGUCUCAAUCUUCUGUCAAUGGGGACGUCAAUGAAGAAGCCGAGCUUAUGGCACGAAAGCGAGCGCUUCUCAGCGUUGUUAGUGAUGACCAUGAAGAUCAGGCCUCAGCACCCUCCACAGAAAAGCCCACCAAUGAGACCAAGGUUACGGAACCUGCAGCACCGAUGGAUGAGACACCAGCAGCGGCGGUCGCUGGAGAGGCAGUUUCAAGCGCAGAACCCAAGGCCUCGUCACGUCGCCUCAAGGUCGACAUGGGAGCUGGACGGAGACUCCUGCUUGGUGCCCUUGGACUGAAGAACCCCAAGUCGAAGGCUGAGGAAGACAAGCUUCGAAAGAAUCUCAUGAAGGAUGUGAGGCCUCUGGAAAACCCUCGGGUGCAGAGCCAGGAGGCAACAAAGAACGACGCUAUUGCUGAACCGGAGCAGCCAGAUGAAAACCCCGACGCGUGGCGAGAGAAGAUCUCGUAUCGCGCUGUUGAAUGCUGCCAUGAAGGCAUGGUGUUGAGCGAACCGCCGUUUCCGUUCGUACAGCGAUGGGAUCCUCAGCAGCAGUACGGAUCUAUGAGGAAGAGGAAGAGAACCUCGCAGAACUUUUACGACGAGAGCUACUACGACGAGAAUGACCAGGCGUACGGCGACGAAGCAGAGUGGAAUGAUGACAGCCAGCAGAAGAAAAAGAAGAAGAAGAAGUCCAAGAAGGGAAAGUCGAAGGAAAGUAGCUAUGACGAGGAUGAAUAUCUCGACAGCCACUUCGACGCUGGACAGGAGAGUGCCGAUGCGGACGUGGUGCUGAACUAUGAUGACGCACCAGCUAAAGGCAACCUGGAAAGCAGCCAGUUUACGGACAUGGAUGACCUCCCCUCAUUGCCGUCAGAUAUCACUACUCUUCCCAGUCUUGACUUUUCAGAGGUCAAGCCUGGUAUGGUCAUUACGUGGAAGCAGUUGCUUCUAUCCAAGGCAACGAACUGGCAGCCCGAAAUCUUGCCCGUGACAGGAAUGGUUCUUUCGGUUGACGCGGACAACGCCCUUCACGUCCUGCUGGCGAAAAGGGACCGUGAACAGAAUGACAAAGAAUAUGACCAGCACACAGGCAAGCGGGUGUAUGCCAAGUUUGAAGCACCAGACUUGGAUGAAGACGAAGACGAAGAGGAUGAUGGACGGAGGGAGAUUUCCUGGACAGAAAUGAGUGACCCAAGAAUGGUCCAGCAGGCGCCAUCACCCAGCACGCUGGAGGCAUCGGCCGACGGCCCAGAACUCGCAACCGAAAAGCAGCAACCUGCACAAAACGGGGAUUCGGUGGAGGACAACAAGGUUAGCGAGAGAAAAGAUCACGAUGGAACUAAAACUGAGGAAUUAGGUACACAGGAAGUGAGAACCGAGGUGGAGGCCGAUCUGAGGGAACGGGCAGCAGCAGCCAAAGCUACUGAGGGCAACAAUUCGACCUCGAUCCCUUCUGGCCAGGCGCUUCCGCGGCUCGAGCUAACGACGCCCGGAGACGACACACCAAUCAGCAGCCUGGUCCGAAAUGCAGACACGCCGAGCGACAUGGUUAACAGCCCUUCACGGCAGUUGCAGGAAACGUUACACGCUGCCAGAGCACGCGAGGAGCACACUCUGUCCCACGAUGCAGAGGGUGCUACAGCAGGGGAAGUGGGGAAGGAGGUGGAUAAGAUAGGGGAUGCAGAAGAUGUUGCAGAUGUCGACAUGGAGUCGAGUGCUGGAGUUGAAGGGACUGAGUUGGAUGCUAUCAUUCCGGACAGCAUAGCAUCUCCAGAACUUCCACCACUUCCUUCAAAGAACAUGGGACUCAUUGAUCACCGAACUUUGGCGGCACCUUCGUCCGUUGGUAGCAUCCGCAGUGGACGACAGCCGCCCUCGAUUAACGGGCUCGAAGAUCUCCCAGAGGAGUGUGUUGAAGACUCGGUGGUUGCCGAAACGAUACAGCGGCCUCACAAAAAGUCGCCCAGCCCACGCCCAUCUCUGAGAAGCAGCAGCCCGUUUCCUUCAUUGGAAGAGAUCUUCCAUACAGCUGCCACGUCAAGACAGACACAAAGCCCAGCGAGAUGGACACAACAGUCAGUGCUACAGUCGUUGAAGCCUGGCAAGGAGGACCUGGAGUAUGAAGAAGCGAUGCGGAAGCUUGAUGAGGGCGAGGACGACUCUGAUCGGUCGCCAGAUCACAACAAGUCUCUUCGCAGCUUGUUCCCGGAUGCAACACAACCGGAACCCUCAAAAAGUUCAUCGUCGCUUCAGCCGGUCAAAGUUGAGGCGCCGGUCAAGACUGAGCGUCCUACAACACCACCAGCGUCACAGAGAGCCAAGCGAGAGUCACUAUUGGUGAUUCCGGAAGGCAGCCAGGUUAUUGAGCUGAGCUCCAGCCCGCCCUCGGUGCAGUUUGUUGAACACUAUGCCGAUGACAGCGUGGAUGGGACUUAUCAAGAUAAUUCAAUGCCACAAGGCUCGGGCUGGGUUCAAAAGAACUUUAUGACGCGAAGUCGAGGGAAGAGUGUCCCUGCAGCAGCUGCAUCGGCAAGCAACAGCACGGGUUCGCAAACUCGACCUGCUCGGGGACGGACAUCGUUGCCACCGGCUCGGGAUGUGACGGCGAGUGCCUAUAGCCAGAUCAAAGGACGGAGGAGGACGACCCGCAAAUUCUAA